AUGCAGCAACAGCCUCCGCCCGAGCCCUCGGGCCCCUCGGCUGAGCCCACUAAGCCUCCCUACAGCUACAUCGCCCUGAUCGCCAUGGCCAUUCAGAGCUCCCCAGGACAGCGUGCCACCCUCAGCGGCAUCUACCGCUACAUCAUGGGCCGCUUCGCCUUCUACCGCCACAACCGACCCGGCUGGCAGAACAGCAUCCGCCACAACCUGUCCCUCAACGAGUGCUUUGUCAAGGUGCCCCGCGACGACCGCAAGCCCGGCAAGGGUAGCUACUGGACGCUGGACCCCGACUGCCACGACAUGUUCGAGCACGGCAGCUUCCUGCGCCGCCGCCGCCGCUUCACUCGACGGACAGGUGCUGAGGGCACCAAGGGCCUCCCCAAGGCACGCCGCGGACCCCCCAGAACUGCCAGCCAGGACCCAGGUGGCCCCAGCAGCGUGACCGACAACAGGCAAUGCCCACUUCCACCAGGGCCCGCAGACCCCAAGGGCCUGAGCUUCGGGGGUCUGCUGGGAGCCUGGCCAGCGGGCAUGCACCCAGCUAGCACCGACGCCAGGCCUCAGCUACUGCCAGAGCCCAAACAGAUGUCUGUUCCCAAGCCCGCCUGCCCAGGGGAGCUCCCCACAGCCCCCUCGCCUUCCUCGUGCCCCGCGUUUGGCUUUCCUGCUGGAUUCUCAGAGGCCGAGAGUUUCAACAAGGCCCCUGCACCUGUCUUGCCCACGGAGUCAGGCAGCAUCGGGAGCAGCUACCAGUGCCGCCUGCAGGCGCUGAAUUUCUGCAUGGGGGCCGAGCCGGGUCUAGAGCACCUCUUGGCAGCCGCAGCCCCCUCCCCUGCACCAUCCACCCCCCCAGCCUCCCUGAGGGCCCCGUUGUCCCUGCCGGCUGACCCCAAGGACUCCUGGGUCAGUGGGGGUUUGCCUGGGCAGGGAGCCCCUGGCUACCCAUUGGGGCUGACCCCUUGCCUCUAUCGGACACCAGGAAUGUUCUUCUUUGAGUGAAGGCAGCCUGCCAACUGCAGCCUGCAGGCCGAGCCCGGCUCC